GGGGAAUCACUUCAAUAUUCUGCUCUUUUUCUCAUCAAGCUUCGCUCUUACAUCUUUAAUCAAAUCGUUCUCGUCUCAUUGACAUUUAAUAAUUGGCCAUGUGCAGGACAUCAAGCGCUGUUCAUUCACUACAUUCUUAACUGUUUCCCCGAUUUCUUGAGGAACGGUUAUUGAAAAUUUAAGCAAAGAUGGCUGCGCAGCCUUUCGCAUUUAAUCCUAAUCCCGAUGCACCACUACGGCUCCUCUCCUUAGAUGGUGGAGGCGUUAGAGGGCUGUCUUCUUUACUAGUGCUCAAAAGAUUAAUGGAGAGCAUUGCUAAAGAGGAACAGAGGCUGAAGAAACGAUCUUUGAAGGACAAUACUCCUUUGAAGCCAUGUGAUUAUUUCGAUUUAAUUGGUGGCACCUCGACUGGCGGAAUAAUUGCUAUUCUACUUGGUCGACUUCGACAAGAUGUUCCUUCUUGCAUCAAAAUCUACACGCACCUUUCGCAAGAGAUAUUUCGGCGCGAUAAGAGCAUCAGCCUCUUCGGGACUAAAUUCUCCUUAGGCUCAACAAGAUUCUCUGGAGCAGUACUGGAGGCUGCUAUCAAAAGAGCGCUGAAAGAUCUCGGAUUUGACGAGGACGAGCUGAUGUGGGAUGGUACCGCAUUUGAGCAAGUCAUAGAGGAGGCUGACCCUGGAGAGACAAUUUGGAUUCAAGAUCAGGGUCCAAAUGCUUUCACUGAUUCGCCAUUUAAUGACUCUUCCUCCGUCAGUCGUCUUGUGUCGAACGGGGCCCACUAUGGUGGAGAUGAGGAUACACAGAAACAGAGUCAACAUAAUAGUGCCUCGCAAUCCAGCUCGGCUUUUAGGGUGCGCAGGAGCACAUCGGUUCGGAAGCGCCCAGAUGCUCGCGGGUGCCCUACAUUCGUUGUGUCCGCUCUAAAGAAUGCUCUGGGUGUUCCACGUCUUUUCGUCACGUAUGACCCCAAUGACCGUCAGACCCGCAUCUGGGAAGCGCUCAGGGCCACCUCUGCUGCUCCGACAUUCUUUGAAGAGAUGACAUUCGGUACACCGAGAUUGACUUACCUUGACGGCGGACUGGGCUUUAACAACCCAUGCAUAGAGGUUAAUUAUACCGCUAAGAGUCUCUGGGAAGGUCGACCCAUCGGUGUAGUUGUUUCAAUAGGCACAGGUCUUCAAAACAUCCCUUCGAUCCGAAAAGCGUCAUCGUGGAACCCUUUUGGACAAGAGAUUAGCCUUGCUACCGCACUAGCUUCCAUGGCAACGUCGACAGCUAGAGUAGACAACGAAAUGCAGAGGCUCUACUGGAACACGGAUACUCGAUAUUUUCGAUUCGACGUGGACAGUGGAAUGAGCGAUAUCUCACUUGAGGAGUUUAUGAAGGAAAACGAAAUGGGAUCUGCGACUGAGCAGUACAUGCACGAACCUCAGCAGCUGCUUCGGUCGAAUGCUUUGGCGGAGAUACUAGUCAGCCUUAGUGCCUUGCCUCCGAAAAUUGAGAUUCCUUCGCGGGAUUUUCGGGUGGGUGUGGAUGGCAGGGGCCUGAUCCAUCGCGAUUCAAAGUUUCCCGACAUUCUUUGCUUUCAGCAAGAAGAUUUGGAUCUGAAAAGCGGAUUUCCUUUAGGCCUCAAGGUAUCCCCGGAAGACGUCUCUAGAAUAGACGAGCUACGUCAUUCCAGUCCUUCGGGGAAAGGAGGCGUCAACGUGGACAGCACAGGGACAGUUCGGAAAAUCUAUCCCGUGGCUGAAGAUCUUGAUGGAGAUGGCAAGAGAGAAGAAGCCACGGUACUGACUUGUGUGCGGGCCGACAAUAUCUGUCUUCGAGCUAUGAAGCGCGGAGUGCCCCGCGGCCGAUAUGCUGUCAGAUUCAUCAUUUGCUUGUUUGAGGCACAUCCAGGAGUAAACAACGAAACGAACACUCUGGCUGUUCGAUCAUUUCCUCCCACUCCAAUGCAAUUUGCUGCCGGGGUUUUCGAUAAUGAAGAAGUCAGUCAUUUGGUCGUCAGUCAAGACGGAGGUACUGUGGAUGACGCCAUGAAACCGAUGGUUACUGCUCCGUUUGACCUCAUCUUCUCAGCUGGCAAACCAUACGAUUUUAAAAGCUUUUUGCAUCGAUAUGUUGAUGUCCGCAUUACGCCAGAUAUUGUCCCUGUCUUAUUGCAUCCAGACGCGGUUAGAGUCCGUGUGGGGCACCGGCGCUGUGCGGAAAGAAAAGGUAAAGGAUGGUUUGAAGUUGAAGGCGACAUAGAGGUAGAAGUGGGCUUAGACGGAGUUUUGGGUAUCAUUAUCAACAAAAGAUUUGAGGAAGGUGUCUUCGUCGGUGGAUGGUCCUUUGGUGGCGUACGAUUAAUUCCGAACUUUGGAGAGCAGCAAGGACGUAAAACAUAGAAAGGGCAUUUGAUAUAUCGGGUAUUAACUAUUAUUCAACGAUCGCGUGCUACGUUUUGCUUUCCGCGCGCAUUCUCUGACCAUACCAUGGUUGGAAGCAGGGUGUGAUUCUUUUUUUUUUUGCGCGGCCCGAUAUAUACAUGAUAGCUGAUUGCGGGGUCGGCGGAAUAAGUGGAGCAAUAGUUUUGCCCCUUGGCCUCUCCAUCUCAUGAUUCUACUGAUAAGAGUUUCGAGCAUAGGCGCAUGGGAAUAGGAUAAUCACGGAACACCCAACUCGAAAUUACUGUAAAUAUUACAUUGGUCCCAAAUAUCCGCUUCAAAAAAGCAUACGGCUUUUUAAAUUUCAUAAAAUUAAUCUAUUUAAUAACUAGUUCGGGAU